UCUAUAUGCAUUUCGCGAAUAGUUUUCCGGUGUUGCGUUCGUCCGUGCGGUACAGUGUAGUAUUUGUUAUCACGGUCGUUGAUGUACCAUUAUCUAUCAUCUUUGCUGUCAAUCGUUUUUAAAUACGUGACAAAAUUCGCUGAAGCAACUGGAGAGCGUAGAUUUGCGUCCAGAUAAACAAUUAUCUCGAAAACACAUCGACGAAGGGCACUGCCACAUCCCUAUAGAUGCGCUUUAUAUAUCAUCUCAGUAUCAACACCCAUCAAUGAAACCGCAGUUACUCGUGGAAUAAUGUAUUCACAGUUGUCACGCUCGUAGGCCGUUCCGUUCGAUGCACGAAGCGAUAUCUCUCGUGCGUUGUCGAUUGAACAUGUCUUCGCUGUUCUCACGACAAAUUUGCAAGCAGCAAGUGUUUGGAUCUAACAUCAGUUUUACAGACUUCCAGAGAUUUCAGUUUUGCAGAUAAUAUAUGCAACUGUAAAAGUGCAAUUUGCAUUCAUUGAAAAUGAUUUGCACCAACCUUUAAAUGGACAAAUAUUAUCCUUUCAUGUGUAUUAAUUAGUAUAUAUUACUUUGUAUAUGUGUUUUCUGGUCUGUCUUUUCUGGUAAAUUUAUUAUGCUAUCAUUAUGACGUCUACAAUACCACUGACUGAUAAGCAGCUCCAUCAACUGAGUAUCAGUAUCGGGAAAGCUGUAAAUGCUGCAGAAACUCCUGUAAAGGAGAAACAUGUGCGAAGUGCUAUUAUUGGCACAUAUCGAGAGAAAAGUGGUUCUAUUUUUUGGACAUACAUGUUGAAGCAGCCAUUACAAGAGAAUCAGAUUGUUGCGUGGAAAUUUUGUCAUGUUCUGCAUAAAGUAUUGCGCGAAGGACACCCUAAGGUCAUUAUCGACUCUCAACGAUAUCGCGGAAAAUUAGAGGACAUUGGUAAACUCUGGCAACAUCUUCGAGAGGGCUACGGUCGUCUCAUACAGCUAUACACAAGAUUGUUAAUUACCAAAUUGGAUUACCACAAACGAAAUCCGCGCUUACCUGGAAAUCUACAAGUCACGUCGGAAGAGUUAGAAGCCAUUGGAGAGAAUGAUAUCAAUGUGUAUUUCCAAAUGUCUGUUGAAAUGUUUGAUUACAUGGAUGACAUUUUGAAUUUGCAACAUGCGGUGUUUGGUUCUCUGGACCUGUCACGGUCCAAUUCGAUGACACCCUGUGGUCAGUGUCGACUCGCACCUCUAAUUCCAUGCAUUCAGGACGCUUCGCAACUCUAUGAUUAUUGCGUAAAGAUUUUAUUCAAGCUUCACGGUGCGCUACCGGCAGACACGUUAACCGGACACCGUGAUAGAUUCUCUAAGCAAUUUCAUGAAUUGAAGAGCUUCUACAAUACUAUUAAACACAUGCAGUAUUUUAAACAUUUGAUAACAAUACCUUCGUUACCCGAGAAUCCACCGAAUUUUUUAAUACAAGCUGAACUGAGAACGUACGUUACACCAAUAGUGGUACUUCCGCCUGAGGAAUCUUUAGAUAAUGAAACUGUCAUAGAAAGCCUUAUUGAUACGUCCGACGCAGGAUCAUUGACUGGCGAUCAGAUAGAUUCUACGCGGAAUGGCGCAAUAUCGCCCGACGCCCUUGCAGAAAGGGACAGUCUUAUCGAUCAUUUAUAUCAAGAGAACGGUCGCCAAAGACAAGAACUACAUCGCUUACUGAUGGAACAUCAACAGAUAGUUGCAGAACUUAGAAAACGCGUUCUAGAACUGGAAUCGACUCUUUCUACUAAAAGCAAUGAAAUUGUGGUGGAAAAACAAACUUGUCAAGAGCUAAUGAAAGAGAAAAACAAUAUGUCAGAAAAGUUACAAGAAAUUGAAGGAAAAAGUGAAGUAUUGGAGGAAAAGUUCAAAAAACUCAAGGAUGUCUAUUCAAAAUUGAGAGAAGAACAUAUCGGUUUAAUCAGAAAGAAAGCUGAGCUAGACAAGGAACUAGGAGGAAUAAAGAUAUUACGGGAGCAAUCCGAACGUCGAUCGUUGAAAGCCGAAGAACGACUGCAAGAACUACUACAAGGACAAACGUCAGCGGAACAAGAAGCUCAAAGAGUAAUGCAGGCGCGCCAAGAUCUGGACGACGUGAGGAAAAAGCUCGACAGUGUCCAAACGGAAAAUUUAGCAUUAGCAGCGAAGAUAGAUUUUAUCACGUCUGAGAAAACUGCUCUGGAAGGAGACCUCCAUGACUUGCUGGUGCAAAAAGAAGAGCUGGAUCUGCGAAUGGCGAAUUUGGAAGCUGAUGCUGAACGAUCGUGCAAUCAAGUGAAAACGGACGCCAACACAGCCUUGUUCGAUUUGUUACUGAAUGCUAUAUCAGAAGCGGAAUCAAUUUUGCAUCAUGCGAUGAAUGCGAUCGAUAGUCCGGCGAUAUCCGCGUUAACUUGUACGCCUGAUUAUCUCAGUGGUUCUCUGGAGCCAACGGAGAAAUCUUUGAAUGAUUUGGAGGAGGCGUAUAACAAUUAUAUAUCCGAUACAACGAAGGGAAAAGGACUGAUCCGCGCCGCUAUACACGGCGCACAUCUUCUGGCUCUCUAUUUGAUAUAUGCAAAAUCUACUUCAAAUACAUCGACGGAUAUUAGUUUAGCCGAUAGAUUUGCCGAUGAAUGCAAGCAAUUAGGUUCGCAAGGAUUAAUUAUGCUGAGUUAUAUAAAGGAGAAGUCUACAAUGACCGUGACACAAAUCGCGAAUGUCAAAAAUCAAUUGCAGAAGAUUUCGUCUCUUAUAAGUACAUUAUCUACUACACAGAAUAACGUGGAGAUUAUUGGCUCUUUAGUGGAAAACGAGUUGCUGAGUAUGGAUAAAGCUAUAGAGGAAGCAGUUAUGAGAAUACAGGAUAUGUUGGAUAAAUCACGCGCAGCGGACUCGGGCUUGAAAUUGAAAGUAAACGAGCAAAUUUUGGAUUCUUGUACGGAGCUGAUGAAAUAUAUAAAGAAACUAGUACAAAAGUCUCGCUUAUUGCAGAAAGAAAUCGUGGAACAAGGAAAGGGAACCGCUUCGGCUACUGAAUUUUAUAAACGCAAUCAUCAAUGGUCUGAGGGCCUUAUUUCGGCGGCAAAAGCGAUUGCUAUGGGUGCAAACUUCCUAUUAGAAGCAGCAGAUAAAGUUGUAUUGGGCAAUGGUAAAUUCGAGCAGUUAGUCGUUGCCUCUCAAGGAAUUGCAGCGUCCACCGCGCAAUUGGUAGUCGCUAGCAGAGUUAAGGCUGACAGAAACAGUAACAAUUUGUCUGAACUUUCCAAAGCAUCAAGAGAAGUGACUCAAGCUACGGCGAAUGUUGUUGCCACUGCUAAAAGUUGCAAUCAUCUUGUCGAGGAAAAUGAAGACAUGGAUAUGUCAAGCCUUAGCUUACACCAGGCUAAAAGAUUAGAGAUGGAAGCGCAGGUGCGAAUUUUAGAAUUGGAACAAGCUUUAGGAACCGAAAGACUACGUCUAGCUGCCCUUCGACGUUAUCACUAUCAACUCGACGGUGAGAGCGAAGGAUAAGUAUGAGCAUGGAUUUGGCUUUAAAUUAAGAAUAUUCGACAACACACGCUACAGAAAUUGUAUGUAGAUACAGAAUUAUAGCAUUUAUGUAAAUUAGUGUACUAAACUAACCUGUCAUAGGAAUUGGUCCUCUGUUCUGAGAGAAAAGCAAGAGCGAUUUAUUAUUUGUUUAUGUAUGCGUCUAUGCGUAGCACCAUAUGUUUUAAAAGUCGACAUUAAUUUUGCAUCGUGUCUAUAGAAAUCUAUGGAAUAGUACUUUAUUAUCUUGAAUAAUGCUCGAAUAUGCAUAUUUGCUGGUCACAUAUCAAAAUGAUACAUACAUACAUAUAUAUAUAUAUAUAUAUAUAUAUAUAUUAUACUUUUCGAUCUAGUUACGCUCGAUGUAGAAUGUUUUUUCUACAUCAUUCUCAUUAUUUAUUGUAUCAUCGAGCAUUGAUAAGAUGAGGUACAUUUUGUAAGAAGUUUAAUGAACAGUGAAAUCCAAAAUGUCUAACAUGUGAAUUUUGAUUACAUUUACAAAUUUUAUAAAGAAGCCGUAUUUUCUCCUAAAAUGUUCACGUAAAUCUCCUUGCGAAAGGAAUUGUAUGUUGAGCGACCAAUGUCUGAAAACUAACUUUUUAGAUGUACGAACUGCAUUUCUUCUAAAGAUGGGUAACUUGUAUGUUUUAAUAACUAAUUUAGAGAUACUAAUUUAGAAGGCACAAAAUUUGUACUACGUUUUCUCAGCAAAAAGAUGCAGAAUUUCUCGAUAAGGUAUGUAUAAGAUUCGAUUUGGGUUGAACGUACAGGCUCAAUGUAUGAGACUCUCUUGUAAUAGUCUUACCAAAGUUAUAAGUUUUAUAAACGCAGUAUUUCUCAAUAAAUCAUCGAUAAUUAUCUGUGUAUUGCUGAUUCUUGUGUAAUAAGCCACAGUACACUACACAGUUAACUCAAUGAUGAAUCAUUUUGAAUAUAUAUAGCGCAAGACUAAUAAGGAUUUGACGUGUAAGUUACACCAGUCUACGCUACGUGUAAACAACUAUGUAGACAAUGAGUAAACUAUGAAUAGAGAACGUACAAGUAGAGAGCUUGCUCAGAAAUUAAGAGAAAUUUAUAUUUUCAUUUCAUCUUUAGAAUAUAAAUAAUAUAAAUUUGUAAACGUUGUUUCCUAAACAAAUUAGAGUUUACAAAAAUUC